AUGAAUCGGCUUCUCAAAAAUUGCAAGCUUGGAGGCCUGAGGGGCUUCGCCGUGCAGAGUGGAAAUGGGCCCAAUGUUCAGAAUCUGAAGAUUGAAGGGAUUAAAGACAUCAUAGCUGUUGCCUCAGGCAAAGGUGGUGUUGGCAAAUCCACCACAGCCGUCAAUUUGGCGGUUUCACUUGCGAAUAAAUGUGGGCUUAAAGUCGGCUUGCUUGAUGCGGAUGUUUAUGGGCCGUCGAUCCCGAUAAUGAUGAAGCUCCAGGGAAAGCCGGAAGUGACCGAAGACAAGAAAAUGAUCCCGAUUGAGAACUAUGGUGUCAAGUGCAUGUCAAUGGGAUCUCUUGUGGCAGAAGGGGAUGCCAUUGUCUGGAGAGGGCCUAUGGUGAUGAAAGCACUUGAACAGAUGACAAGAGGGGUCCAAUGGGGAUCUCUCGAUGUUCUUGUGGUGGACAUGCCACCUGGCACCGGUGAUGCACAAAUUUCCAUUUCCCAAAGAUUGCAAUUGUCCGGAGCACUAAUCGUCUCAACUCCUCAGGAUGUUGCACUGAUGGAUGCUAGGAGAGGAGUUAGAAUGUUCUUGCAAGUUAAUGUGCCGAUUUUGGGAAUCUUGGAGAAUAUGAGCUACUUCAAAUGCCCCAAGUGUUGUGAGCCUUACUAUAUUUUUGGGAAGGGUGGGGCCCAGAGGAUUGCCGACAAGAUGGGAAUGGCAUUUCUUGGUGAGGUGCCUUUGGAGACAGGGAUCAGAAGUGGGUCGGACGAGGGUGUACCUAUUGUGAUAUCAGAACCCGAUUCCUUCGUGUCCCGGGCUUAUGAUGAUGUGGCACAAAAAAUCGUGGGCCGGCUUGAGCUUACGAAACAGCAAUACGCCCCACCGGAAAUAAAUCUUUAG